AUUUGUCUUGAUAUGGUCCUGUCUCUGUAAUUUCAUUUGGGUUUUAGUUAAUUUUGUAGUUCUGAUCGUUCUGUGUAUGAUUGAAUGAGAAUUAUGAUGUGGGUUUGGUUUGUUUCUCACGGAAAUUGUUUCGAUAAUCCAUUACUGUCAUAUUUUUGUGAUAAUUUGAGAUGGGUAUGAUUGGAUUUUCGGCUGUGAAUUUUGGAUUGCCAACCUUCCUUAUCGCUUUUGUUGGUCUGCAUGAUUGUGCAUAAUAUUCAGAUGCUUGCCUUUUUUUUAAUGACAGUUCAUUUCUGGGUUUACGUUAUAUUCCUUGUGCGUUUGUGGGUUUUCUUUCAUUAAUUACAAUGAUGUAGGCUAAGAAUAGUUCUUUACUUUCACUUUUAAACCCUGGAAAUGGAAAUCAGAUGCUAUUAUCUUUAACAUGUAAAUUUUGCUUUUGUUUUUAUAUUUGUAUUUGUGCUUGUUAGCAUUCUGGCUGCAACAAAAGUUUGUUAUGUUUCGUAGCUGUUUAGACUGAAGUAUUACUCUUCUGUGCUCUUGUUUAUCUUGGUCCGGUUCUGAUAUUCGAACCCGAGGGUCUCUGAGAAUGAUAAACAUACUGUGACUGCGCAAGUUGCAUGGCUAUCUUGGUCUGUGAUGUGUACCAGAAAAGAGAAUGUUUGGUUUAAAGGUGCUUCUUGGGGAUGUUGGAGCUGGGAAGUCUAGUCUGGUGUUGCGCUUUGUAAAAGGACAAUUUAUUGAAUUCCAGGAAUCAACCAUAGGUGCUGCCUUCUUCUCACAAACAUUGGCUGUAAAUGACGCAACUGUAAAAUUUGAGAUUUGGGAUACAGCAGGUCAAGAGAGGUACCAUAGUUUGGCUCCAAUGUAUUAUAGAGGAGCUGCUGCUGCAAUAAUUGUGUAUGAUUUAACAAAUCAAGCAUCAUUUGAGCGAGCAAAAAAAUGGGUACUGGAACUCAAAUCACAAGGCAAUCCAAACAUGGUUAUGGCACUAGCUGGGAAUAAAGCAGAUCUGGUAGAGGCAAGGACUGUAGCAGCAGAGGAUGCACAGGCAUAUGCUCAAGAGAAUGGCCUUUUCUUCUUGGAAACUUCUGCAAAAACUGCAGACAAUGUGAAUGACAUCUUCUAUGAGAUAGCAAAGAGAUUACCUCGAGUGCAGCCUGUGCAGAACCCUGCAGGAAUGGUUCUUAUGGACAGACCUUCUGAAAGGGUAGCAAGCUCAUCCUGUUGCUCAUAGAGGUUCUAUGGUGCCUUCAGCCACUGCGAGCUUGGUUAUUUCCAUAAUAGUUGCAUAACUCACAGUGGAAAUGAUAUAUCGUUUUACGGAGUUUCCCAUGUAUGUGUACAUUUAUUCAGAUUUGUAUAUGCAUGUUUGUUUAGAUACUUUCACAAAGUGUGAGAAGCAUAUGGAGAUUGUUUUUUCAUGUAAUGAAAUGGUUUGGCAUGCUAACUCUGAUUUGCAAAUACCCAGGUUUGGUAAUGAGUAAUAAGAAUUCUUAUUCUUUAAUGAGAAAC